GGGCGUUGGGUUACAUCUCCGCCUCCUCCGCCUGAGUUGCAGAGCCGCGGGGAUUGCGGGGCUACAGUUGGGAAACAUGCUGGACGCGAGCGGCUGGAGCCGGACGGCGUGGACCUGGGCGCUGCUUUUGCAGCUGCUGCUGGCGGGGCCCGGAGGUUGCCUGAGCCGCCAGGAACUCUUCCCCUUCGGUCCUGAGCAGGGGGACCUAGAGUUGGAGGCCGGGGACGACGUAGUGUCCCCCUCCCUGGAAUUGAUCGGGGAGCUAAGCUUCUAUGAUCGUUCGGACAUCACGUCGGUCUAUGUCACGACAAACGGCAUCAUCGCCAUGAGCGAGCCCCCCGCCAGAGAAUCCCAUCCCGGAACCUUCCCACCCAGCUUCGGCUCCGUGGUGCCUUUCCUGGCAGACUUGGACACAACAGACGGUGUGGGAAACGUGUAUUAUCGGGAAGACUUAUCGCCCCUCAUCGUUCAGAUGGCAGCAGAGUUCGUGCAGAGAGGCUUCCCAGAGGUCUCUUUCUAUCCCACUAGUGUGGUGGUUGUCACUUGGGAAUCUGUGGCCCCCUAUGGAGGGCCCAGUGGGAGCGCUGCCCAGGAAGGCAAGAGAAACACGUUCCAGGCUGUCCUGGCCUCCUCCAAUUCCAGCUCCUACGCCAUAUUCCUUUAUCCUGAAGAUGGCCUACAGUUCUUUACAACAUUCUCGAAGAAGGAUGAAAGCCAAGUGCCCGCCAUGGUUGGCUUCAGCCAGGGUUUAGUGGGAUUUAUAUGGAAGACCGAUGGAGCCUAUAACAUAUUUGCCAAUGACAGGGAAUCAGUUGAAAAUUUGGCCAAGAGCAGCAACGCCGGGCACCAGGGUGUGUGGGUGUUUGAGAUUGGGAGCCCUGCUACUGCCAAGGGUGUGGUGCCUGCAGAUGUGAACCUGGACCUGGAUGACGACGGAGUGGACUACGAGGAUGAGGAUUACGACCUAGCAACUCCUCGUCUGGGCUUGGAGGACGUGGCCACCCAUCCCCUUCCCUCCCAUAGUCCAAGAAGGGGAACCACUGACACACACAAUGUACCUGGAAUCCUGUCUCCUAGCCAUGAGGCUACAGAGAGACCCCAUGGAAUCCCGACGGAGAGGACAAGAUCUUUCCAAUUGCCUGGGGAGAGGUUCCCCCAGCAGCCCCCCCAGGUCAUUGAUGUGGAUGAAAUAGAGGAAACAGAAGUUGUUUUCCGCUACAACAUAGGUUCCCAGCAGACGUGUGCCAACAACAGACACCAGUGUUCGGUGCAUGCAGAGUGCAGAGACUAUCCUACUGGCUUCUGCUGCAGAUGUGUGGCCAACUACACAGGCAACGGCAGGCAGUGCGUGGCAGAAGGCUCCCCACAGCGGGUCAACGGCAAGGUGAAGGGAAGAAUUUUCGUGGGCAACAGCCAGGUCCCCGUGGUGUUUGAGAACACUGACCUACACUCCUAUGUGGUGAUGAACCAUGGGCGCUCUUACACAGCCAUCAGCACCAUCCCUGAGACCAUUGGGUACUCUCUGCUUCCCCUGGCACCCAUCGGAGGCAUCAUCGGAUGGAUGUUUGCAGUGGAGCAGGAAAGGUUCAAGAAUGGCUUUAGCAUCACUGGGGGUGAGUUUACCCGCCAAGCCGAGGUGACUUUCUUGGGGCACCCAGGCAAGCUGGUCCUGAAGCAGCAGUUCAGUGGUAUCGACGAACACGGACACCUGACCAUCAACACGGAGCUGGAUGGCCGAGUGCCGCACAUCGCCUACGGCUCCUCGGUGCGCAUUGAGCCCUACACAGAGCUGUACCACUACUCCAGCUCAGUGAUCACUUCUUCUUCCACCCGGGAGUACACGGUGACUGAGCCUGACCGAGAUGGUGCUGCACCCGCACACACCCAUGUUUACCAGUGGCGACAGACCAUCACCUUCCAGGAGUGUGACCAUGAUAACUCCAGGCCAGCCCUGCCCAGCACCCAGCAGCUCUCUGUGGACAGCGUAUUUGUCCUGUACAACCAGGAGGAGAGGAUCUUGCGCUAUGCCCUCAGCAAUUCCAUCGGGCCUGUGAGGGAUGGCUCCCCUGAUGCUCUUCAGAAUCCAUGCUACAUCGGCACUCAUGGAUGUGACAGCAAUGCAGCCUGCCGCCCUGGCCCUGGAACACAGUUCACUUGUGAAUGCUCCGUUGGCUUCCGAGGAGAUGGGCAGACCUGCUAUGAUAUCGAUGAGUGUUCAGAGCAGCCUUCUCGCUGCGGGAACCAUGCAAUCUGCAACAAUCACCCAGGAACCUUUCGCUGUGAGUGCAUGGAAGGCUACCAUUUUUCAGACAGGGGAACAUGUGUGGCUUCUGUGGACCAGCGGCCCAUCAACUACUGUGAAACUGGUUUCCACAACUGUGACAUCCCCCAGCGGGCCCAGUGCAUCUAUAUGGGCGGCUCCUCCUACACCUGCUCCUGUCUGCCUGGCUUCUCUGGAGAUGGCAGAGCCUGCCAAGACGUGGAUGAAUGCCAGCCCAGCCGAUGUCACCCUGAUGCCAUCUGCUACAACACACCAGGAUCCUUCACCUGCCAGUGCAAACCUGGUUAUCAGGGGGAUGGCUUCCGAUGUGUGCCUGCAGAGGUGGGGAAAACCCGGUGUCAACUGGAACGAGAGCACAUACUUGGAGCAACAGGGGCGGCAGAUACACAGCGGCCCGUGCUGCUGGGGGUGUUUGUACCCCAGUGUGAUGAGUAUGGGCACUACGUACCCACUCAGUGCCAUCAUAGCACUGGCUACUGCUGGUGUGUGGACCGUGAUGGUCAGGAGCUGGAGGGUAGCCGGACUCCACCUGGCAUGAGGCCUCCAUGUCUGAGUACAGUGGCUCCCCCUAUUCAUCAGGGACCUGUAGUGCCUACAGCUGUCAUCCCCCUACCUCCAGGAACACACUUACUCUUUGCCCAGACUGGGAAGAUUGAACGCCUACCCCUGGAGAGAAACACCAUGAAGAAGACAGAAGCCAAGGCCUUUCUCCAUAUCCCUGGAAAAGUCAUCAUUGGACUGGCCUUUGACUGCGUGGACAAGGUGGUUUACUGGACAGACAUCAGUGAGCCUUCCAUUGGGAGAGCCAGCCUCCAUGGUGGAGAGCCAACCACCAUCAUCCGACAAGAUCUUGGAAGUCCUGAAGGCAUUGCCCUUGACCAUCUUGGCCGAACCAUCUUCUGGACCGACUCUCAACUGAAUCGAAUAGAAGUUGCAAAGAUGGAUGGCACACAGCGCCGAGUGCUGUUUGACACGGGUUUGGUGAAUCCCAGAGGCAUUGUGACGGACUCCAUAAGAGGGAACCUUUAUUGGACAGAUUGGAACAGAGAUAAUCCCAAAAUUGAGACUUCUUACAUGGACGGCACCAACAGGAGGAUUCUUGCACAGGACAACCUGGGCUUGCCCAAUGGCCUGACCUUUGAUGCAUUCGCGUCUCAGCUCUGCUGGGUGGAUGCAGGCACUCAUAGGGCAGAAUGCCUGAACCCGGCUCAGCCCGGCAGACGCAAGGUUCUCGAAGGGCUCCAGUAUCCUUUUGCCGUGACGAGCUAUGGGAAGAAUUUGUACUACACAGACUGGAAGACGAAUUCAGUGAUUGCCAUGGACCUUGCUGUAUCCAAAGAGAUGGAUGCCUUCCACCCUCAUAAGCAGUCCCGGCUAUACGGCAUCACUAUUGCCCUGUCCCAGUGUCCCCAAGGCCACAACUACUGCUCAGUGAAUAAUGGCGGCUGUACCCACCUCUGCUUGCCCACUCCAGGGAGCAGGACCUGCCGAUGUCCUGACAACACCCUGGGAGUUGACUGCAUUGAACGGAAGUGAUGACAAGAAUGCCUUGCUCCCUCUCCAAGUAUUUCA